CGGAGGACGGUUGCCUGCUAGUGGAGUUUAAACGAAACAGGGUGCGCGACCGUAGCUUUGUCGUUAGUUUGAGAAGUUUAGGACAAAUGUAGUUCGCUUGCCACACUGUUCUAACCAGAGAGAGAUGUUUUGUUGUUUUACUAUACUACCAUCCCGUCCCAGCGCUUUUAGCCACGUUUUAUCAUAUUUUAACCCCUGCGUCAUGGUUUCGUAGGAUGGAAGUAGACGACGUGUCGGUUAGAGAGCAACUUUUCCACAACAAAGUGCGAGAGACUUUUAUCUGUGUCCUCCUCUUCACCUGCCUCUAUAUACUGUCCUACCUCAUCCUCACCCACUUCAAGAAGAAUGCAGACUAUAUCACCACUGAUGACAUUGAAGAUGCGACCGUCAACAAGAUUGCGCUGUGGCUGUGUACAUUCACCCUCUCUGUGGCUGUGUACAUUCCCCCUCCAGGCUGUGGCUGUGUACAUUCACCCUCUCUGUGGCUGUGUGCAUUCCCCCUCCAGGCUGUGGCUGUGUACAUUCACCCUCUCUGUGGCUGUGUACAUUCACCCUCUCUGUGGCUGUGUACAUUCACCCUCUCUGUGGCUGUGUACAUUCCCCCUCCAGGCUGUGGCUGUGUACAUUCACCCUCUCUGUGGCUGUGUACAUUCCCCCUCCAGGCUGUGGCUGUGUACAUUCACCCUCUCUGUGGCUGUGUACAUUCCCCCUCCAGGCUGUGGCUGUGUACAUUCACCCUCUCUGUGGCUGUGUGCGCUGUGCUGCUCCUCCCCAUCUCCAUCCUGUCCAAUGAGGUGCUGCUCACCUUCCCUCACAGCUACUACAUGCAGUGGCUCAAUGGAUCACUCAUCCACGGUUUGUGGAACCUGGUGUUCCUCUUCUCCAACCUGUCCCUGGUCUUCCUCAUGCCCUUCGCCUACUUCUUCACUGAGUCGGAGGGCUUCGUGGGCUGUAAGAAGGGGGUGAUGGCGCGGGUGUAUGAGACGGCGGUGGUGCUGCUGCUGCUCACUCUGCUGGUGCUGGGCAUGGUGUGGGUGGGUGUUGCCCUGCUGAACAACACAGCCAGGGAGAGCCUUUACGACGUGUGGGAGUGCUACCUGCCAUACCUCUACUCUGCCAUCUCUCUGUUUGGAGUGCUCCUGCUCUUGUUGUGCACUCCCUUCGGGCUGUCCCGCAUGUUCAGUGUCACUGGGAGCCUACUGGUCAAACCAGGGCUGUUGGAGAAUGUGGAGGUGGAGAUGAACUGUGCUGUGUUCGAGGAGGCUUCGCUUUCCAGGAAACUCAACAGCGGUAGCACGUCAUGCAGAAUCAGUGUAAACGUGGAGCCUUUGAGGGUGCAGUUCCUCAGCGUCCAGGCCAAACGCAUCGCCCUCCAGAUGCGGAGGAGAGCGUCACCAUGGCAGCGGAACCUGUUCUACCCUCUGGCCAUGCUGCUGCUCCUAGCUCUAACGGUGGUGUGUGUGUUGAUGGUGUGUUUUCACGUUCUGGAGCUCCUCUUCGACGAGACGGCCAUGCCCAGAGGAAUGGGGGACCCUCGUCUGGGGACGGCUUCCUUCUCCAUGUUUGGUUCUCUGGGAGCAGCAGUGCAGGUGGUCCUCAUCAUGUACCUGAUGGUGUCGUCUGUGGUGGGCUUCUACAGCUCUCCUCUCUUUACCUCCCUGCUGCCCCACACUCAGGACACCAACCUCACACAGAUCAUUGGGAACUGUGUCUCUCUUCUGGUCCUCAGCUCAGCACUGCCAGUCUUCUCUCGUACUCUAGGCAUCACACGCUUUGACCUGCUGGGAGACUUUGGGAGGUAUAACUGGCUGGGGAACUUCCACAUAGUGUUCCUGUACAACGUUUUGUUCGCUGGCCUCACCUCUGCUUGCCUCAUCAACACUCUCACCUGGACUGUGCAGAGAGAACUCAUACGUGCCUUUGGUCUCCACAAACUGCCUCUGACCAUGUCCCGCACCACCAUCCCCCUCAAGCUCCUCCUGGCCAAUGGCCUGUCAAAGAUCCAGUGACUGACAUUCCCUUGACCAAUCAACUGUCAUCUCUAACACCCGACCGGGACCUAAGCCUCCUGAAGAGCAUUCCCAUUGGAACAAAAGGCACCUUGUCUUCAGUCCUCCAGCCUAUCGGUGUCUGGAUCACCAGAAUGAAAAGACAGAAGUGGAGGAUUAGAAGUGCAGUUUGGCCAAUGGUGCAGUAGAGCGCUGCUCACUGACUAAUCCCCAAUCAAUACAAGUUGACCUGGGGAAUCAAUUUAAAUAGUCUCAGACUACAAUACUGGGGUUAUAUUAGAAUCAUUGUGCACAGUAAUCUGAGCCAAAUUCUAGAUGUUCUGGAACCAAUGAAAGAUUCUGGAACUGAAAAAGGGCUCUAAUCUGUAUGAGGGUUCUUGUUGACAUUGUGACAUCAUACAGAGCAUCCCUAAUGCCUUGUGAGAAACUCUGUGGGUUUGAGAGGUUGAGCUGGGACUGAUUGACUUUACUCUUUGGACACACGUGUCAAAGCUAUUUUGGAACAUUACGUUGUGACUGACUGACAUUUCCUUUUCCUGCUCUGGGGUUCAGCGUUUGAAUUGUCUCUCGCUCGCUGCCGCCUCCCCCUCCCCCAUCAUGUUAAACCACUAUUUUUGGGCCUCACUCAUCCUGUGAAUCCCACUUCCAUGUUUUGUAAGACGUCUGUCUGUAAUGGUGUUGUGUUUGUUAAUGAGAGGAGGAUGUUUUAAAAUUGAGGGUUGAGGGAUUACUCACUCUAUUCUACAUACCUUGACCUUCAUAUCGUGGAGGAAGAGAACGGGACAGGACAGGGUUGUGUUCAUUAGGUUACGUUUGAAAACUUUUUCCAACAGAAAAAAAGUUUGCGUUUCGGUCUUUUUUUUCUUUUCUCAUGUGGUGCCUAAUGAACACAACCCAUGACUUGUUUUUAAAUUAUCACUUGGAAUAACGGAAUGAUACAUGAAAAGAUACCUUAACACAUAUGAUUUUAUUUCUUAAUGAGGUUGUGUUGUUGGUCGUAUAAUGGCAUUGCUGUUUACUUAUUCUCAUGGGUUUCUAACCCCCUAAAGAGGAGCUUCCUAAAUGCAAAGUGACGCUCACUAGUUUUGGGUGUCCUGCCUUGGACCAGUCUUACUGUGAAUGUUUUUAACGUUUGUUAAUAUUAACCUAAGUGCAAUACUGGUUACUGUCCACUGCCAAUUCCAGAUGUUUUUUUCUGUUCAUUUUGUUAUUGGAAUAGUCUAAAUGAUCUGUGGCUUUGUUUUUAUUUGUGUCAUGGUUCUCCUUUGCUGUAUCAGCAUGUUAAAUUGUAGUAGUAUUCUUUAUUAUUAGCUGAUAGUCAGAGUUCUGUUCCGUUCAUCACCAGCAGGGGGCAGGGUCUCCAAAUUCACUCAACUCACCUGGCAGCCUGCUGAACGUUUACCUGAAGUUCUGUUUUCUGGUCAAUCAUUAAAGUUGACUAAUUUCACUAGCCUGGUCCCAGAUCUGUUUGUGCCAUCUUGCCAACUCCUUUGCCACUCAUUGUCAUGCUAAACAGCAUUAAAAUUCCAUAAGAAUUUUAGGAGAGCAGCCCAUUGGCAAGCGAGCAGAAACAGAUCUGGCACCCAUCAAUUCAAUAUAUUCUUUGGGGUGCACAAUGUUUGAGUGGGCUGGUUACUUAGGGGUGAUAAUGUUAAAGUGGGACUCUUUUUAUUAGUCAAUCAAGGGCAUUUUUUACUGUGAGACUGCAGAACCUCUAACCUGGGAGCUGAUGGACAUUUUAUUUCCUAUUGUUUAAAAACGCUAACGUAAUGAGAAUGUGACCGUAGGUGUUGAAAGCAAUUAAAUAUAUUUUUAUGUACUAGGGAGGAAAAAGGACAAAUGUAUUGCAUUUUCCUAUACAUGGUCUGUCAUCUGGAUUGGUAUGAGUAAUAAGACUGUUUACAGUGCAGUUAGAUCUAGUAUACAUCUAUAAAUCAUCGGGUCUCAUUGUCCAGCCCAUCCCGGUUCCGGGCUGUGUGAUUGCGAGUGUCGGCCCAUCCUGUGCCAGUGUGUCUGUCUUCUGAGUGUCGUGUGCGUGUCUGUCCUCUGUCCCGCCACCCUUAGUAGCCUUGCUUUAAUCAGGCCCAGAACAAAGCUGUUGUAUUUUGUCCUGUCUGUCAUCAGAGGCCGUCCCUGACGCCGCUACAACCCAAGCCCACACACAAAUCAAGAGGAGAGGAGACUCGUGCGCGCUCUCCUUCACCGCCACCCACCUAAUCCUCUUUUCCUCCACCAGUUUUCCUUUCAUAUUAUUCAUUUCCUCUUGGAAGGAAGAAAAAUAAAUCCCGGUUUCUCCUUGA